AUUUUUAUUGCCCUCUUUAUUAUUAUUACGUCGUAACAAUAAUCAUUCUAUUAAGUACUAAAUUGUUGUUCCCCCCCACAGUCAGUGACCUUUUCAUUACCAAUUUAAGGAUGAUGAUGUAUAUUGCACUUUUAUGUGACUCGAGUGUAUAAUUAUAAACAAAAACAAGAAGUGGUUGUGGACUUAGUGACUAAUUUUCCUAUUUGGUGCUUUUUUCUGUUGGAAGGGACAUCCCUCAGUUUUGAGGGAUUUGAAAUAAUUUGCCAAAAUUAACGCGACAAUAAUGAACUCUUACUUCGAACAAAGUGGCUUCUAUGGAAGUCACCAUCAUCAGGGCACAGGCUCUGUGACGGGGGCACACCACCAUGACCAUCAGACAGCAGCCGCGGCUGCUGCCUACAGAUCUUUUCCUCUUAGUCUUGGUAUGUCACCAUACGCCUCCAGUCAGCAUCACCAUGCCCAUUCCUUACACCAAGCCAGGCCCCCGCAAGAUUCCCCAUAUGAUGCGUCGGUGGCAGCGGCUUGCAAAUUAUAUUCUUCGUCUUCAGACGGCCAACAGAAUUCAGUAAAUUAUAGCUCAUCAAAUACAAAAUCAGACUGUUCCAAAGGCAAUGCAGACCAAAACGGAUAUGCCUCCGUGGUAGCUGCAGCCGCUGUUAAGGACGUUUGGCAAAGUGCAACCUCCGGGGGUGGUGCAAACCUUCCAAAUAGUUUAGCCGGUCCCGUUCGUCCUGCCGCGUGUACCCCAGACUCACGGGUGGGUUAUGGCUCCUCCGUGGGGUUAGUCGGAGGAGACCCAUCAUCAAGUCCAGGAGCAGCAUCGAGCGGAAGAACGGGAAACUCCCUGUCUUCUUGGAACAAUCCAUGUUCAUUGAAUUCUUCUUCAUCGCAGCCAGUGGGGACCCAAAUACAUCAACAGUCGAGCCACACGUUUUACCCUUGGAUGGCAAUUGCAGGUGCAAAUGGACUCAGAAGAAGAGGACGACAGACGUACACGCGGUACCAGACGUUGGAGCUCGAAAAAGAAUUCCACACAAACCAUUACCUGACCCGGCGACGACGAAUUGAAAUGGCCCAUGCUCUCUGUUUAACGGAAAGACAAAUCAAAAUUUGGUUUCAGAAUAGGCGCAUGAAGCUCAAAAAAGAAAUACAAGCGAUAAAAGAGUUAAAUGAGCAGGAAAAACAAGCGCAAGCCCAAAAAGCAGCGGCUGCAGCGGCGGCCGUUGUGGGCCAGGUGGAUCAGAAUUAGUGGAUUGGUUCACUGGUUUUGGAGGGGCAGCAAAUCCUUCAAAAUUAAGGCCUCGGAGUGGCAAUGCCUCAGGCGUCCGAAAACAGGAAGUGCCGGAACCAGGAAUUUCCACUAAAUCGGACCACACCUAAACAGAAAAUACGUACUACAACC